UUUCUGACCAUGGUUGCCGGGACCCAUUCUCUACUAGCACUGCUGCUUUAUCAGGUGUUGCUGGGCGGCUCAGCCAGCCUCAUCCCAGAGGUGGGCGACCGGAGAAGGUUCAGUGGCGAUUUGAUUCGGGCUGCUCCGCUGCAACUCUCGGAAGGGAUCCUGCGUGAAUUUGAGCUGCGCCUGCUCAAUAUGUUUGGUCUUAAUCGGCGGCCCACGCCGAGCAAGGACGCCAUCAUCCCUCCCUAUAUGUUGGAGCUCUACCACCUGCACACCAGCCAAAAGCCAAGCCCCAUGGACUACAACCUGGAGAGAGCUACCAGCAGGGCCAACACUGUCCGAAGCUUCCACCAUGAAGAAACUCUGGAAGAGCUUCCAGAAAGAAGUGGGAGGACAUCCCGCCGUUUCUUCUUUAACUUGACUUCUAUCCCAAUUGGGGAGUUUAUUACUUCGGCUGAGCUUCAGGUUUUUCGGGAGCACCUGGAAGGCGCCUUUGAAACCAACAGCAGUUCUUAUCACCGUAUUAAUAUUUAUGAAAUAAUCAAGCCGGCGAGGGAAGCCUUCGAGGACCCCGUCACGAGACUUUUGGACACCCGCGUGGUGCAUCACAACGCCAGCAGAUGGGAAGCUUUUGACGUCACACCUGCGAUAAUGAGGUGGAUUGCACACGGACAGCCGAAUCACGGGUUUGUGAUAGAAGUGGUCCAUUUGGACAACGAGAGCAGCGUCUCCAAGAGACACGUCAGGAUCAGCAGGUCUUUGCAUCGGGACGAUGCUAGCUGGUCUCUGGUUAGGCCUCUGCUAGUGACCUUUGGGCACGACGGAAAGGGGCAGCCUCUCCAUAAGCGAGAGAAGCGCCAGGCGAAACACAAACAACGCAAACGCCUUAAAUCCAAUUGUAAAAGGCACCCGUUAUAUGUGGACUUCAACGACGUCGGGUGGAAUGACUGGAUAGUGGCCCCGCCGGGUUACAGUGCCUUCUACUGCCACGGAGAGUGCCCCUUUCCUCUGGCAGAUCAUCUAAACUCCACCAACCAUGCCAUUGUUCAGACUUUGGUCAAUUCGGUGAAUUCCAAAAUCCCCAAAGCUUGCUGCGUGCCGACGGAACUGAGCGCAAUCUCCAUGCUCUACCUUGAUGAGAACGAGAAAGUGGUACUAAAGAACUAUCAAGAUAUGGUUGUGGAGGGCUGUGGUUGCCGCUAA